AUGGGCCAUAUUGUUCACCCAAAACGGAAAACAAAGGCAAUGCAUAACAUUUUACUCCACGAACGUCGUCGACUCUCAGCGCGACAGAUGCUUGGUGCUUGCAUAAUGACCGGAAUGCCAUAUACAAAAGGUGCUCGCUUUCUUUCUCUUUGUGGAACUAAGCCCCCUGUGAAGAGUGGUGUCAUGAGACAACAGAGAUUUUGUGACGAUAAGAUUAGAAGACUUAAAAGUAUUUCCCUAAUGCUGUCGAGAAAGUCCUUCAGUGGUUACUUAUCCAUUGAUGCAAGAUGGACGCACAGGCGAAACUCGCCAAGUUGUACAGUAACUGCGCUCGAUGCUGUCACAAAAAGAGUUCUUGCAUGCGUGAACAUCAACCAUAUUGGUGGAAACAGACAGCAUGCUCAGUAUUCCGGAGCUUCCAACAAUAUGGAAAGUGCUGGAACUCGAAUCAUCUUGAAGCAAUUAAAGAAAUACAAUAUCUUGAAAGAUGUUAAAGAGAUUAUUAAAGACCGAGAUAACAAAAGUGUCUCUGUCUUUAAAGAAUUUGGCGUCUCUCAUCUUGAAAGAUUCGAUCCAGGUCAUGUAUCAAAAAAUAUCUCAAAAGAUUUUACAAAGUUCUCAGCUUCUCAUAAGACAGUUGAAGUUUUCAACGACAAGACUCAGAAGAUUGAAAAAAUAG